AUGGCGGUCGUUAUCUCGCUUAACUUCUCCGCCAUGGCGCACAUCGCGCUGGCCAUGGGCGUGUUGGACAGCGAGUGGGAGGAGAAGCUAUGGCAGGAGUUUUGCAACCAGAUCCUCAACGCCGUCGGCACGCUCGGCUGCCUCGUCGUGCACCCGCUGCGAUGCUACUACCUCGUGCGACUCUGGCGAUGGAGUCGCGAAGACGUCGCCAGCCUUCGCGCGGUGCUGUCGGCAGCGGGGCCGUUCGUCGCAAAGCCCGACGAGCGGUGGCAUCUGGGCGUCGUGCUGAUACUCCUACAGCUCAACUGUUUCGGCCAAUACGCCAUCGCGCUUUUCAUGUGGUUCGUCUCGGAACCUGAUCGACCUCUCGUUCUCCUCGGGUUCAUCGUGUUUAUCGCGCUCGGAUCGCUUAUCGCGGCUGGGAUCUACUGCUCCUGGAGCCCUCUCGGCUGGCCUACUGAGUCUAAGCCUGAGAAGAAGGAAAGGAAUCGCGGGAAAUGCGGCGGUCGUGUCGUUCCCGUGACGAGCGCCGAGGAAGACGGCGGCACUGCUGCCGAUGCUGCGGAGGAGGGAGCGGGUCUGUGCGGGAAGUGCGGGGGCGUGCUGUGCGACAGCGCCGCGGACGACGGCGCCGGCGACGACGACGACGACGACGAUGUGGAUAGGGUCGCACAGAAGCAAGGGCUGUACGUGCGACUGGACGACGCGAGCGCGGCAGGAAAGCAGAAACCGCACGAGUGGAAAACGCCCACGUGGCAGCCGAUGGGGGAGCUGGCGCGGCCGCAAUGGCAAGGCUCGGCGCUAGACUGCUGCGCGGACGGUGUAGGCUCGGCGGUUUGGACCACGCUCUGCUGCUUCUGUGUGCACGGACGACACGUGGAGCGAGCUGGGUUUGGCAACAAGAUCUGGAUCGUGUUCGGGCUGGGGAUUCUUGUGACGAUUGGCGGGGUGACUUAUGGCGGGUACUGGAGGUGGAAGUUGAGGAGGACGUUUCUGUUGCCAGAAGAGGAGUGGUGCUGCGGGCACAAGGCAGCUACGGACUUUGCGUCGUGGUACGUGCUGCCGUGCUGCUCGCUGUGCCAAGAGAUGCGCACCGUGCGGCACUACCGCCUCAACAUGCUCCCACACCUGCCCGAUGAGACCCCGGGCGAGGCGCAAGGGGCGGGGCAGGGGAAGGAGAUUACUGUGCUGACCAUGGUGCCCGCUACUAUUUGCAUGGAGGCCUGUGCGAUUUGUGUGUAA